AUGCCAGAAUCGGCGGGAAAUCAUGGGAGUCCGGAGGCACAAAGUAUUCGUCCGCCCGACCGGGCACAUCUGAGUCAAGACCCCGUGGUCGACCGAUCGAACCCCCUCGACGAGCGCCCCCGACAUAUUCAAUCACAGGCCUCUCUGCGGUCGCAAGCACAGAUUGCUUCGAUACCGUCACAUACAGGGCAACAUCCUGGUGGCGAAAACGAUGUGGCAGAGGAGUUAGCUUGGGGACCAGCCCAUCCGUGUUACCCUCAUAUUAACCCGCAUGUAUCAGUGAGAUCCCAGGAGUACCAUACGACACGCAUUAUUCGGAUUCGGCGAGACUGGAUGGUUAGGGGAGAUCUGGCCCCGACGUUUUCCAACCUGUAUCCGGAGAUUCUCGAUCCGUUACUGCCUGAGCAGGAAUUCCGCAGGAUUAUUGCUACGGUCAAUGACAAGCUUGUGAAGGCAUUCGAUCCAUUCAGCCUUCGAAACUGGAUAGAUGGAGCACUGGCGUUGCUGACUGGCUGGAUCUGGGAGGAUAUAGGGGCCACGGGAGUCAAAAGCCAGCUCAAGCAAAUAGAAGACUGGGUGGACAAUUGGAACCGUGAGGUCGGCGCAAAGGACGGGGUAUAUAUCUGGAGCCUUCGACGGACGGCUUACAUGUCGUUGGACAUACAGAUUCCCGACCCCAAGGUUGGCAUCAUUCCCAGUGAGCGUGGGCCAUCACUGCCCGGGACUCGACCGAGCAGUGGUGUGGUCUAA